AUGGCUACCACGGUGGUUUCCCAGGAGGAGUACAAAGAGGCUCAGCUGAGCAACAUCCUCAUGUGCCAGGACUGCAGAGAGGUUCCCCCCAACCUGGUCGAGGAGUUCAGCAGUGGCGACAUGGUCUGCGCGUCCUGCGGUCUUGUGGUCGGUGACAAGAUUGUUGAUACUCGAUCCGAGUGGCGCACCUUUGCCAAUGAUGACCAGAAUAAUGAUGAUCCUUCGCGUGUUGGUGAUGUCGGCAACCCUCUGUUCGAGGACACCGUCGCUACGCUGCAGACCAGUAUCGGACGGGACGGCAGUAAUUCGUUCCACCUGAUGAAGACGCAGGCAAAGACCAUCGAGAAGGGCCAGGUCAACCAGAAGGAAGGCUUCAACAAGAUCAAGACCUUAGCCGAUACUCUGCAAGUGGGCGCUACUGUCCGCGACUACGCCCUGCACAUCUUCAAGCUCGCCGACGAGAAGAAGUUCCUCAAGGGCAAGCCCCAGGAUGCUGUUAUCGCCGGUGCUAUCUUCAUCGCGUGUCGCCAGAACAACGUUCCUCGAACCUUUCGCGAGGUCUUCAACCUGACUAAGGUGUCAAAGAAGGAGAUUGGCCGCGUGUUCAAAGCUCUGGAGAAGUGGCUCACGGAGAUGCGGGAGAAGGGAGAAGCUGCCGGCCUCACGGACGUCACUUCUGUCCGCGGCUACGAGCAGAAAGGCUCUACUGGUGCCGACGAUCUCGUCCGCCGGUACGUCUCGCAGCUUGCUAUCAAGCAACAGUCAGAUGUUGAGAAUGUUGGCAUCUACAUUGCGAAGAAGACCACCCAGGUUAGCACCCUGGCUGGUCGUUCUCCUCUGUCUGUUGCUGCCGCAUGCAUCUUCAUGGCUGCACACUACCUUGGUGAUUCCAUCACCUCGAAGAAGAUCGCAGGUGUUGCUGGUGUGAGUGAUGGGACCAUCAAGACAGCCUACAAGUACCUCUACCAGUGCCGUGAUCAGCUGCUGGACCAGGAUGCUUUCCAGAAGAGCCGUGGCAAAGGCAAGAUUGAUCGACUGCCUCAGGCCUAGAGCAGCCGGUGGCAGCCCCAUCGCAACACAAGAGAAAAGAGUGAGUCUUGAGCUUGCUGACCACAUCAGCGCACAACUCAAUCCCAACGACCACUUGGCUCCGAAUUCCUAUUUUUAUACAGAUAUGGGGUGGCAGCAAGGACAACUUUGGCAUACUCAUGAACAGGUUGCAACUAACAUGACCUCUCUCAUCCAUCUGUUUGGGCAUAUUUUGUGGCGCUCCAUUCAGGAACUUCAGGAGAGGAAUGGUUCGUUGUCGAAUUUGGACAGGGAGGGAGGGUCAAUGCACGUGCUUGACCCUGCAAUGAUCAGAAUGGCAAAACUGUAGGGUUGUUAUGAGCCCGGCGAGGCUGGCUUGACAAACAUAAGGUCUUAGGUACAUGAGCAGAUUGAAUCUCUCAUUGGC